AAUGCAGUGCCCUGUGCCCAAAUAUGUAUAAUUUUAUACCUGAUUCCUGAGGUGAGGUGAGCAGUUGAGACUUGAGAGAGGCGGAGAGCAGAGAAUCAGAGAGAGGCUGAGGUGGUUCAGCUGGAGACUGAACAGUGGAGACUGGAGACUAGAGAGAGGCGGAGAGCAGAGACUAGAGAGAAAGAAUGGUUAUUCCUCCACCUGUUAGGCCUCCAAGAAUUACACAGUAUCUUAAGCCUUAUGUCCUGAAGAUGCACUUUACAAACAAGUACGUGAGUGCCCAGGUGAUACAUUCACCAACUGCCACCGUUGCCUCUGCUGCAAGCUCACAGGAGAAGGCCUUGAGGCCAAGCUUGGAAACUACCCGGGAUGUGGCUGCUGCUGCAAAGAUUGGAAAAAUAUUGGGGGAGCGCCUACUGCUUAAAAACAUCCCAGCUGUUGCUGUCCACUUAAAAAGAGAACAGAGAUAUCAUGGGAAGGUCAAAGCUGUCAUUGAUUCUUUGACGGAAGCCGGUGUCAAACUGCUUUAAGUUUUCCUCUUCUUUAUAAAAUUAAAUGUAUUGCUGAAUGUGCUUAUAGCUUCUUUUUUCUAAUAGGAUUACUUGGGGGAGAUCAAUGGGAAGAAUGGAUGGUGGGGUUUUUGUUGUCUGCUCAAUGUGAUCAUGAUAAACAGGGUUCACCGUUAUUGAGAUUGUUAAUAAAAAGGAUUUCCCAUUUCUUGUUGAA